CUACCAUUGAACUCACAAGUUUAUGAGCUCCUAACUUUUCUUAUGGAUUGGAUCUCAGACCAGCAGCUUAGCAGAAUAAAAAUACAAGAAGAAAGAGAAGACUGUCAUAAAGUUCUGGUUACCCAGACCUCCAAAAAAACCUGCACCCAGGAAAAGUGUAUGAAGCUUUUGCCUUUAGCUACUGAGCAACUCCAGUGGAUGCCAUUUGUGAAUGCUAAACUACACAUGCCUGUGCUUAAAUGUAUUUACUGGUCUAUAAGACAGCUAGACAGUGGUAUUCAGCAUGCAACAAUGACAUCAACAAUGAGGAGACUUGGUGAAGAUAUUUUCAAAGGCAUAGUAAGGAAGGGAGACCCACAUGGUUCUUCUGAACAGUCUACAGAGUGUAAAUCGAAAUCAGCAGCUUUCUUUAAAAGUUCCUGUAUGCCUCUGAGGUUUCUGUCAACUUUAAUAGUGCUUAAAACAGUGACACAAGUGGAUUACCUGGCUCAGGCAUUUGAUUCCCUUUGCAAGGACUUGAUGACAGAUGAAGGGAAGGCCUUAUUUUUGGAAUAUCAAUGUGUGCCUGUCGUAUUAAGUCACUUAAAAGUAUCCAGUAGAGGUCUGCUUUCCGGUGCUCUUGAUGGAUUACUUCAGAUGACCACAGAAUCUGAUUCCUUACAGCCUUUCCUGGAAGCCUGCAGUAACGAAUGCUUCUUCCGUACUUGCUCUGUAUUGCUUCGAAGUUCUAAGCUAGAUAUUCAGAUUUUGGAAAAGCUCUGUGUUAUACUGCAAAAGCUCUCCAGAAUAAAAAGCAAUAAGAAGAUGUUUGAGUUGUUUGCUCUUCACCAAAUGAUCCAAGAACUGCAUAGGACUACAAAUCCAGAUCAUGCUUUCCUCUGCAUAAACCUCAAUUCAAUUCUGUUGAAUUUGGGAUUGUCAAGGAGUAACUCUCUUACCUCCAUUCUAAGCACAAGUCAUUAG